AUGGAAGAUAAAUUAGCAAUCGUUGCUCGAGAUAUAGAAAAUAAUAAAUUAGUUGGAGUAGGAAUUGGUUAUGUUUACAGUAAGGCAACUGAAGCGACUGCGGGCGAGAACAUAGUUGAUAACUAUGGAGAAGCUAUGGCUCCGAUUAUGGAUUGUAUGAUGCAAUUAUAUGAAGACGCAGAGAAAAAAGAAUCCUUUGAUCCAAAGAAAAUGAUCGUUAUCGAUGAUGUUGCUUGCUUGAGAGGUGAAAAAUAUGCUAGUAAGGCUAUUGGAUUCUUGAGCGGUUUUUUAGUAGAAGCAAUAAGUGCUCGACAUGGUUAUGACAAAAUGAUAACCACUAUUUUCAAUCCAAUCAUGCAAAAAAGAGCUCUUGCAGUUGGCUAUCGAUUAAUUUGUUCAGUCGAUUUAAAUGAAUAUACCUAUAAAGAUGAAAAAGUCUUUCUGGAUUUGGUAGCAAAUAGGCUACAAGGAAAUUUGUUCAGAUCAAAGUCGCUAGACAAAGUAAAGGCUAACGUUUUCUUCAAAACGGGAAGACCCGAAGACCUUGAUAAGUAA